AUGAAAGUGUAUUUUCGGGCCGAGGAGUCGGGUCUGUCGGGCAGUGAACGCGAGAUUCUGUACCGAUUCUGCAGUCAAUACGCGGGCGAACUGUUGCCCCAUUUAGGCCGUUGUUUUGACCGGAUUCUGCCCAUGUCUUCGGUGGCCAACCGGUUGGGUGUGUCGGCCAUCGAGUUCGCCAAAGUCAAGGACCAGUUCCCGCGCGUACGGGUGGACACAAUCGCCGAUUCCGUCAAUCGAUUGUUGCCCAACACUGCGCUGUCGACGGCCGGUGACCCCACCUCUACCCCAACCACCGGUGCUAUUGUGUCGACACUAAGCGAGACAACAAUUGGUGACAGCAAUACGUCUGGCGAUUGAGUGAUCGGAUCGGAUGUCCGACCAAUCGUUUCGAGCGAAAUGUGUUUUUAGUUUUAUUGAAAAGUUUUUUUUAAUCUAAAUAUUUAUUAAAUGUAUUUUAUGAAUGAAAUA